AUGCACCGCCCCAGGAGAACCGCCUGGGAGGAGAGCCGGGGGGAGCCUCGUGGGGCGGGGGGGAGGAGGAGGAGGCAAAGCGGCGCCUCCUCUCGCUCCUCCUCCUCUUCUUCGACGGGGCCUGGGGGGGAGCCCCCUCCGCGGAGGGGCACCCGGGGGUGCGAGGAGGAGGCGGCGGCAGGGGGCGGGGGCGAGCGCCCCCUCCUCAGGGGGAUCUUCCGGAUCGGCAAGGAGAGUUGCGACGUGGCGCUGAGCCCCCGGAGGCUCCGGUGGACCCCCAUCCGGCCCGAGAGCCCCACAGGUGGCUCCAGUAGUGACUUGCAGUGUAAAGAGGAACAUGUUGAAAUGAAAGAUGUCUUUUCUGUAAAACUGAAACGUCGUCGUUUGGCUGGACAGCAAAAAGGUGGCUUAUUAUUGGGCAUUACGCUAUUUGUCUGUCUAAAAAAAGAACAAAACAAACUUAAGGAUUCUGUUCUCAAUCUCAGUAACUUAAGUGAAGACCACUGUCACUUGUGGUUUAAACAUUUUAAGGACAUUUUGAAUGGUUUUUCAAGCAGGCCAAAGUCAUUAAAAGUGUUUGUCAAUCCAAACAGUCAUAAACGAGAGGCUACUCGCAUUUAUGAUGAUCAGGUCGCACCUCUCUUUAAGCUUGCCGGCAUCAGAACUGACCUUAUCGUUACUGAAUAUGAAGGACAUGCUCUUGCAUUGCUUAAGGAAUGUGACCUAAAAUCCUUUCAUGGGGUGGUUUGUGUUGGUGGAGAUGGGACAGCCAGCGAGGUGGCUCAUGGUAUUUUGCUUAGAGCCCAGAUAGAUGCUGGGAGGGACAGUGAUGAUAUUCUUGAACCAGUAAAAGCCCAAAUUCCUCUUGGAAUAAUACCAGCAGGCUCCACAAAUAUUUUGGCACAUACUCUGAAUGGAGUUCAACACAUAACAACUGCAGCAUUGAACAUAAUCCUGGGACACCUCCAAUCAGUAGACAUAUGUUCUUUCAGUAGUCCGACCAAACUGCUUCGCUUUGGUUUCUCAGCUAUGUUUGGUUUUGGAUCAAGAACUCUAGCUUUUGCUGAAAAGAAUCGAUGGAUGCCUUCAGAUCAGCGAAAUAUUUUUGCUAUGAUCAAGACGCUGGCAAGUCUGAAACCAGAAGAUUGUGAAUUAUCGUUUGUGCCUUUUAUGCACUCACAGCAAACUUCCCCAGAGAAUGAUCGAAAGAAGCAAGAAAGACUUAAAUCUGACAGCUGGGAUCAGCCGGAGAGGAUCCAGGGUCAUUUCCUGAAUGUGAGCAUUAUGGCAAUCCCUUGUCUAUGUUCGAUGGCACCAAGAGGCUUGGCCCCUAAUACCAGAUUGAAUGAUGGAAGCAUAGCUCUUAUUGUUGUCCGGAACACUUCUCGUCCAGAAUUUGUUAAGCACCUGAAAAGAUACGCCAGUGUAAAAAACCAGUUCAACUUUCCCUUUGUUGAGACGUACACUGUUGAGGCAGUAAAAGUUCAGCCAAGGACAAAAAAGGACUGUGUCAGUGAAGAAAAUGUGGAGACUGCAGAAACCUAUCCCUGGAAUAUAGACGGUGAUUUAAUGGAAUGGACAUCAGAAAUUCUUGUUCGGGUACAUCCUGCAUUAAUUUGUCUGUAUGGAGGAAAUGCUGAUACAGUAGAUAAUCCAAAAGGAUCAUGAAGUUCUUUUUAGAGGAAAAUGAUGAAAAGCAAUUCCUUAUUUUUCAGCUGAAUCAUGUUUAUUUC